AUGUUGCUGCAAGUUGGUGGAUAUGUUAUAUUAAACUCACCUUUUGAGAGAGUUAGAAUAUAAUUUUUAAAAGAAUUGAAAAAUUAUGAAUGUUUGACGAUAUAGUUUUUGUUAGUUUUAGGUAAUGUAUUUUAAAAGAAAAAAUUUAGGUUCUGGUUUGCUUGAUGAAUAAUUGAGUUCAAUGUGA